AUGAGCUGGCAUGAACUCGACAGUAACAGCUGUAUCGUGCCCAGUGGCGAUUUUGUUGAACAGAAGGACAUUACAGAAAUCAAUUUAGAGGAAGGCUUGGACCUCUUUGAGGGAGACAUCCUCCUGACGGAUUCCAGAAAUGGCCUGAGGGACCCAACCACCAGGUGGAAAUUCCCCAUUCCUUACAUUCUGGCGGAUAAUUUGGUGGAUGACUCGGUCGGUCAACACCUGUGCUGGUCCGCCGUGGGUGACCAACACGUGGGACAGAAUCUUUCCAUUGGCCAGAACUGUGACUAUAAGGCCAUCAUCCAGCAUGAGAUCCUGCACGCUCUGGGAUUUUACCACGAGCAGUCAAGGACUGACCGGGAUGACUAUGUGAACAUCUGGUGGGAUGAGAUUAUUCCAGGUUACCAGCACAACUUCAACACCUACCCUGACAGCUACAUCACUGACCUCAACACGCCCUAUGACUACGAGUCUCUGAUGCACUAUGAACCGUUCUCAUUUAACAAAAACGCAAGCGCCCCGACCAUCACAGCCAAAAUCCCCGAGUUUAACACCAUCAUUGGACAGCGCCUGGAUUUCAGUGCCAUUGAUUUAGAAAGACUGAACCGGAUGUACAAUUGCACCACGACCCGUACCCUUUUGGACUACUGUGCUUUUGAGAAGGCAAACAUCUGCGGCAUGAUCCAAGGCACCCGAGACGAUGCCGACUGGACUCAUGAGGACAGUGCUCCGCCGGGACAAGCGGACCACACGUUGGGAGGCCGCUGCACAGGCGCUGGAUACUUCAUGCACUUCAACACCAGCUCGGGGACAGCCGAAGAGGCAGCCCUCCUGGAGUCUCGGACUCUUUACCCAAAGAGGAAGCAGCAGUGCUUGCAGUUUUUCUACAAGAUGACUGGCAGCCCCUCAGAUAGGCUCGUCGUCUGGGUCAGGAGGGAUGACAGCACGGGCAACGUUCGCAAGCUGGUCAAGAUACAGAGCUUCCAAGGUGAUCUUGAUCAAAAUUGGAAAAUUGCUCAUGUGACGCUCAGAGAGGAAAAGAAAUUUCGAUACCUUUUCCAGGGCACACAAGGUGACCCCCAGAACUCGAAUGGGGGGAUUUACCUCGAUGACAUCACUCUGUCAGAGACACCAUGCCCCUCAGGAGUUUGGACAGUACGGGGCUUCUCCAAGAUUCUGGAAAGGACGGUGAAAGGGGACCGGCUCCUGAGCCCUCGCUUCUACAAUUCGGAGGGCUAUGGGUUUGGGUUGACUUUAUACCCUCAUGGCAGGGUAAACACACUGGCUUCUGGGUACACAGGGCUUGCCUUUCACCUGUGUAGUGGCGAGAAUGAUGCUAUCCUAGAAUGGCCAGCUUUGAACAGACAGGCGAUAAUGACCAUCCUGGACCAGGAGCCCGAUGCUAGGAAUAGGAUGUCCUCCAGCAUGGUGUUCACGACCUCCGAGUCCCAUACAUCUACAGCAAUGAAUAACUCUGUCAUCUGGGACCGGCCAUCCAAGGUGGGAAGCUAUGAAGCAAACUGUAGUUGUUUCAGAAGCCUGGACUGGGGCUGGGGUAGUUUAAUCUCCCACGAAAUGCUCAAACGGAGGGGCUUCCUGAAAAAUGAUGACCUCAUCUUGCUCGUGGACUUUGAAGAUAUCACCCACCUUCAGAAGACUGAAGUUCCCAUUAAAAGCACAAGGCUGAACUCCCGAGGCCUGGUUCUCCACGGCCAGGACCAGCAGCCCCCAGAGACAGAUGCAGAGAAGGCCAUGCUAGAGGAAGCCCCACUCGGCAGCCUGGAUCGGGGGCAGCCUAGGCGACGGACGCGGUCAGUGGAGAACACGGGGCCCAUGGAUCACCUCGACUGGUCACAGCACUUUAGAGAUCCGUGCCACCCGAACCCUUGCCAAAAUGAUGGCGUCUGUGUGAACGAGAAGGGCGUGGUGAGCUGCAGGUGCGUCGCUGGACACACCCUCUUCUACUCAGGGGAGCGCUGCCAGUCCAUGCAGGUGCACGGCAGCGUCCUGGGCAUGGUGAUCGGAGGCACAGCUGGCAUCGUGGUCCUGACCCUCUCCAUCCUCUCCAUCCUCUCCCAAAGGCCAAAGCAGUGA